UACUCUUUCUUUUCCCUUCCCUUUUAAAUUUGCCCUUUUCCAUUGGAUGACUCUGUCAUUUACUCUCCCUCUUUCUUCCGCUGCUUCACGUACUUCCCUCCUCCCACUCCGUCGCCUUCUCGCUUGCUUUAAUGGCCAAGAUCUCACAUCCGCCGCACAAGAAUUCCAUUUCUACCACCGCUAAUUCUCAGUCUUCUCCACUCCAUCACAGCCAGAAGAAGGUACUCAAGCGGACGCGUAAGUCCACUCCUCGAGAUUCUCCCGCUCAGCGUAGCUCUGUAUACCGCGGAGUCACCAGGCAUAGAUGGACGGGACGGUAUGAGGCGCAUUUGUGGGAUAAGAAUUGCUGGAAUGAAGGACAGAAUAAGAAAGGAAGACAAGUGUAUUUAGGUGCGUAUGAUGAUGAAGAAGCAGCGGCUCAUGCUUACGACCUUGCUGCGCUCAAGUACUGGGGAACUGAAACUGUUCUCAACUUUCCACUAUUAACGUACCAAGACGAGAUUAAAGAAAUGGAAGGUCAAUCAAGAGAGGAGUAUAUUGGAUAUUUGAGAAGGAAGAGUAGCGGCUUUUCUCGCGGGGUUUCGAAGUACAGAGGUGUAGCAAGGCACCAUCAUAAUGGAAGAUGGGAAGCUCGAAUCGGAAGAGUGUUUGGCAACAAAUACCUUUACCUUGGAACAUACGCUACCCAAGAGGAAGCUGCCACAGCUUACGACAUGGCCGCCAUAGAAUACCGUGGCCUUAACGCCGUUACAAAUUUCGACCUUAGCCGUUAUAUCAAAUGCCUCCGUCCUGAGGAACAAGAUAUCCCAAACAAUAAUAACUGUCCACCAAGCCCUAACGCCGGCAAAACGACUUCAGAAUUGGACCCCAAAUCCCUCCUUGAAUUCACCUUUCCGUCCCAAUGUUCGAGCUCCGACCAACCCAUCUCCACGCCACCGCUGGGACCUGGCGACGGUGAGUCCUCGUCGUCGAACACGCUGGAGCUUCUACUCCAUUCCUCAAAAUUUAAUGAUAUAAUAGAAAGAAACCCCACCGCCGACCCUCCACAGACGCCGCCGGAAUCUGACCGGCCUCGCCGCUGUAUUCCCGAUGACAUUCAAACUUACUUCGAUUGUACUCAAGAUUCCGACGACAUUGCCGAAGGCGACGACGGCAUUUUUGGGUAUCUAAAUUCGUUUUUACCUUCAUCAAAUUUUCACUACGCACUCGAUGCUUAAUUAGGUAGGAUCAAAAGAGGGGAUUGAGGAAUUUAACGUCCGACGAGAUCAGCAAAAGAAAAUAACUUCGGCCAUGGCCAUGGCGGAUUACGAAUAUCGGGAACGGAGAUAAUGGAGGCGUGGCCUGAGGCAGGUAAUUAAUUAAAAUUAUAGACAAAAUUAGUUUUUUUUUAUUUUUCCACAGCCUCCUUUUAUUCACAAGAACGAGAGAAGGAAGCGUUUAAUUCCAUCCCACCCCCCGUAGAAUUCAUCAGCAUGCAACAGUAGAAAUCUUGCAUGCAUUCAGAAUAGCGAUUGGAAUUUUUAGUAGAAAUUUAAAUUAUAAUAAAAAGGGCCAGAAUUUGUCAUGAA